CUCGCGCCGCCCGAAGACAUGGUAUCCGCGACGACGAUGCACCACCGGCGCCGCUCCAUUCUCCAGCUGGCCCUCCUACUACUGGCGGCGUCACCGGCGGCAAUGCUGGCGGCCGGCGGAGCCUGCGAGAGAGAGGAGUUCCCGGCCGGCAGGAGCUACGCGACGUGCGCGGAUCUCCCUGCCCUCGGCGCCUCGCUGCACUGGACGUACGACGCGGCGGCCUCGUCGUUGUCCCUGGCAUUCGCGGCCAAGCCGCCCGGCGCGAGCGGCGCCGGCUGGGUGGCUUGGGGGGUCAACCCCACCGGCGAUGGCAUGAAGGGCGCGCAGACGCUCCUCGCCUUCAAGAGCAAAGGCGCAUACGUCGUCAACACGUACAACCUCACCGGGUACCGCCCGCUCAGCGCGGCGUCCACGCCGAUCGCGUUCGAGGCCACCGAGCUCGCCGCCGACGAGGGCGCCGACGGGAAGGUGCGGCUCUACGGCACGCUGCAGCUGCCCAAGGGCAUGGAGGCCGUGAACCACAUCUGGCAGGUAGGGUCGACGGUGGCCAAUGGGGUGCCGGCCAAGCACGCGUUCGCGCAGGAGAACCUCGAGGCGAAGGGCAGUCUUGUGCUCACCGGUGCCGGAGCGACGGAGGCCGCGCCAGCUCCGGAUACCACACUUGCUACCUGGGCUCCUCCACCCCCGGGCUGUGUUAAGCUUAACGUCGACGACUCUUUUGUUGAGGCCGACGGUAAUGGUGGCGUCGGGAUGAUCCUCCGUGUCCACAGCGGCGGCAUCAUCUUCUCCUCUUGCAGAUUCAUGUUCACAUGCUCAAGUGCACUUGAAGCUGAAGCUGCUGCCUGCUGCGAAGGCAUUGCCCUCGCACUAGAGUGGAGUCAGGCCCCUGUCAUCAUCGAGACGGACUGCUCCAUGCUUGCGAGCAUGCUAAAGGAAGAUGUUAUCAACCGAUAG